UGUCGACUGUCGAUAUAAAACCAGUCUGUUGUAGAACGAGCAAAUCAUUUUCGCUACAAUAUUAUUACAAGUGCUUUGUGUGAGAAUCUUGGAUUUACAUUUCUGUUUAUCUACAAUGAGUCAGAAUCAGAACCGAAAUCGCACCGACAGCAAUAGCAGUAACGAUGAUGAGUCACUCAGCAACUGGGCUGCAGCAGGCUUGGUAGGGCUAGCUGGUCUAGCCAUAGGUGGCGCAGCAUACUACCUGACUUCAUCCUCGAAGACUGAGGAACAGAAGAAACAAGAAGAGAGGCAGAGGGCAGAGGCAAGACAGAGGGAAGAGGCAAGACAGAGGGAAGAGGCAAGACAGAGGGAAGAGGCGAGACAGAGGCAAGAGGCAAGACAGAGGGAAGAGGCAAGACAGAGGGAAGAGGCGAGACAGAGGGAAGAGGCCAGGCAAGAAGCGCAAGCAUCUUCAGGAUGGAAUUUAUUUACCAAUGUGGCCUGUGCUGUAGGCAGCGCUGUGUUAGUUUAUUUUUUUACUAAUGUAAAUUGCAGAAUGGGAUCCCAGUUAUCAGCAUCUCUCCCCUCAGAGCCAACAGUGGUGGUUCCCGACAAGCCGGUGAUCACUAACAUGAACAGCCUACUCCAUGACAUAUAUGUGCGCUACAUAGCGCUCAAGGAUAAGGACUUUGAGGAACAUUACAAAGUGUUCAUGAACAUAUUUUACCGGCUGCAUGAUCAGAUGAAGGUGGCAGACAAGUAUUAUAACCGGUACUCGAGUUCAGUCUUAUUCGCGGGUAGCCAUUUCGACCGUCUCCGCAUAAACAAGCCCGACGAAUUUGACAUGGACAUUAUAAUCAGCCUACCCGUCAACCUCAAGGAGGCCCCUAUUCCAGCCAAUAGCGACAUAGUCUUGGAGCCCAAGGCCCCAGGCUUCAUACAACUGAAGGGUGGGGCCCAGUUCCAGAACUUACCUAGGAGGGACGGCGCGGAUUGGCUGAUCAAUAAGACUGCGCAUGAGUGGCUCGAUGAGAGGAACUAUUUGUUGCGCUCGAGGUUUACAGACUGGUUCAAAAGCGUGGUUAAUAAGGCUAUGAACAAUUUCUCCCCGCACUCAAUACCCGGUCGCCGCGUGCUGAUCGUGGAUGGUAUUCCGUACACCCUGCGGCUGUCAUCAAGCGGGCCCGCUAUUACGCUGAUUAUUGAGAACUCCAGCGGCUUCCGGCUAGACGUGGAUCUGGUUCCGGCCCUCAAGUUCCCUGAAGAACGCUGGCCUAUCUGCAGACCAUAUAGAAAGGUGCCAGACAAUUGCCACAAGGACAUAUUCAUGGUGGUGCCAAAGCCCAUGAAGGGAGGACUGAACCGCUACGAUACGGACCGAUCGUGGCGGCUAGCCAUGCACCUUCAGGAGCGCGACAUCAUGCACGGAUCCGAGAACAUGCGGCAGGCCAUACGACUGAUCAAAAAACUCCGCGACUCCCAAGGCCUGAACAAAAUAGCCAGCUACUACAUCAAAACAAUAUUCUACCACGAGGCAAUGGCACGGCAGAACGACACGCACUUCUGGCGAAAAAGCCCCGCUGAGCUCUUCAACAUCAUGGUAAAAAAGUUCAUAGAGCAUCUAGAGACAGGCGAAAUAGACUACUUUUGGAAUAAAGAGAAUAACCUUAUAGGACACAUUGAGAGAUCUACUUUGACCGGGUACGCGAAUAAGUUGAAUAAACUGGUGCCAAUUUUGGAUGACUCGUCGAAAUAUAAGCACGCUGCUAAGUUCUUGUUGACUGAGAGCCAGUUUAAGGAGUACAAUGAUAAGUUCUUGCACAUUUAGGAAGUUAUUUUGACUGGGUACGAUUGGGGGUAGGGCAUUUUCGCGAGAACAAUCCCCAAAAAUAUUUUUUCUAAGGUAGGUAAUUUUUAUGUUUUUCCUACUCAGAAUCACGAGCCCUUUCGUUCCAGGACAAAAAACAAGAGUCAAUGGUCC